AUGACCGAACGUUGUCGUCGUUGUGAAACGGAGGCGUUUAAAUAGCUCGCGCUCUCCCGCAGCGGCACCGAGUGUGAAGGCUGUGCGCUUGCGGACGAUUCGGUUUGUUUAUACCGUGGGCCUCCGGUGCGGGACUGAAGUUUAUAUUUUAACACAGAAAGCGGAAAAACUCAAUCUGAACGAGACAAUGGAGGUGUUGAGGAGAAUGCUCGUGCUGAGUUUAACCUGCUCACUCGGACCGAUGUUAUCAGUGGAGAUGUGCGACAUCAUUAUAGACCUGGAGAUGGAGAGAGAUGAGUGCUUGGCCAAGCUGCAAAAUGUCACAUCAGGCUGCAGCGGCAAGUGGGAUUUUGCGUGUUGGCCGUCAGCGUCUGUUGGACAACUGGUCACCAUCCCCUGCCCCAAGUACUUUACUCAUGUCAGUGACCGGGAAGGUAAUAUAUCAAGGUUAUGCACAGAGGAGGGAUGGAUGAGUAUCGACCUUACCGUGAGCGCUCAGAACUGCGGCUACAGCCUCAACGUCACCGAGGUGGAGGAUUUCUUCCACGGUGAAUUCCUGAGAUCGGUAAUGAUCGGAUACACCAUCGGCCACUCCGUGUCACUGGCAUCCCUCGUCAUCGCCAUCUUUAUUUUGUGCUUUUUCAGGAAACUCCAUUGUACGAGGAACUACAUCCACAUUCACCUCUUCCUGUCAUUCAUCCUGAAGGCCAUUGCGGUGAUAAUGAAGGACGUGGCGCUCUAUAAGAUUGAUUCGGAAGACUGCAUUCCUAGUUCUGUAGGCUGCAAGGCUGCCAUGGUGUUCUUCCAGUACGGCGUCAUGGCCAGCUUCUUUUGGCUGCUGGUGGAGGGCCUCUACUUACACGCACUCCUCGCCGUCUCCUUCUUCUCCCACAGGAAGUACUUCUGGUGGUACAUCCUGAUUGGCUGGGGAGUUCCAGCUUUCUUCAUCACCACAUGGAGCAUUACUAAAGCCUACUUGCAUGACGUUGGAUGUUGGGAUUUUAUUGACAACGAACUGUGGUUGAUUAUAAAAAUCCCUAUUUUGCUCAUAAUCCUGCUGAAUUUCAUCCUCUUCGUAUGCAUCAUCCGGAUUCUUCGGCAGAAAAUCAACUGCAGGGACAUCGGCAGAAACGAAUCGAACCAGUACUCGAGGUUGGCGAAAUCCACUUUGCUUUUAAUUCCUCUGUUUGGAAUAAACUACAUCAUUUUUGCCUUCAUGCCUCCUCACGUGCAGGCUUACAUGCGGCACGUGGUUGACCUUAUCCUGGGCUCUUUUCAGGGCUUCUGUGUUGCCAUCCUGUACUGUUUCCUAAACGGAGAGGUGCAGUCUGAAAUCAAGCGGAAAUGGAGGCGGUGGCACAUGCAGAGGUUUCUUGGCACCAAAACCAAAUACCACCAGCCUUCUCUGGCCAGCAACGGCAGCACCUCCAACACACAGAUCACCAUGCUGACCAAGUGCAGCCCCACCUCACACCACGUCUCAAGCUGCAUGGACGAGUUCUCCACCAUUUGAGAUGACGUAAUGAAUGAGAUACUAUCCAGACAUCCUGACCUCUCCUACAGUUUCGGGUCAAGCUCAAUUCUGAACCGGUUUCCAUCAUUGCAAUGAGAACGGCAUGGCAGUGGAAUGCAGCGGGGUUUCGAUGCUCCGUGUUGCGGUCUAGCGCAUCCAUGAUGUGAAUGCUGAUGUUCUUAGUCAUUCUACUCACUAGCCUGUAGAGAGGGAGAUUCUGCGUGACAUGCAAAUAAUAUUAAUCAGCAUCAGUGAGCAAGGAACAGGGUCAGAAGAAGCACUCUGUGAAGCACUUAAGUGUGGAGUAUGUCCUGUUCUGUCCUGUUCACACACACAAAACACACAUCCCACGUCCGGAGGGAAGGAUUUGCGAGCUGACAUUUAAUGCUGCCAUCUCUUUUCAUCUCCGCCUCAUUAACAUGCACUAGAUGGAUUCAUUUGUAAAUUUUCAAACCCUUAAUUCUCAGUAAGGUGACCUCAGAGGUGUGUAUUAGGCCUGUUUUCAUUUCGUGCUCUCGUUAUUACUUGGAUGCGACCAGCUUGAACACUCUGUCUCCUCGUCCGCUUUUCCUGUUUGUUACAAUUCCUUGUUUAUUGUAAUUGCAGACUAAAAUGUCUGUUCCACUGACAGUCAUAAAGAAUGUUUCAUUUUAAUUCCUGUUUAUUUAUCAUGUACGUCCAUAUGUACAGUAUGUAUACAUUCAGGGUGUUUUGUGCCUGUAAUGCUUGUUUUGUUUUUGUUUUUUUAGAUCUCUCUGUAAAUGUUGGUUGGUAUUGUACGUUUUGUAAGAAUCGCAUUAUGUAUGAAGCGUUUUAUCAUGCUAUAUUAGUUCAGACAGUUCAGAAUACUCAGAAUUUUUAUAUUUGUAAAUGUAGGGACCAGAAUGUCUGUGACUGACUGAUAAAAAAAAAAAAAAAUCAUAUUUUCUGUGGAUCGGUAAAAGUGUCAUGAAUGUUUACACGCAUGCUCCAAAUACUUGUGUAGAAGAGAGCACUUAUUUAUGUACACAUGUGUAUGUAUGUAUGUAUGUAUGUAUGUAUGUAUGUAUGUAUGUAUGUAUGUAUGUAUGUAUGCAUGCAAAGACCGGUCAAUUAAAUAGUUUUGCAGAUA